AUGACAGUCUUUCAAUCUCGACCUACGCGAUAUCUUAUUCAGGAAAAACAUUUAUCAUUAGAUAAUAGAUUUACUAUUACGGAUGAUGCAGGAAAUAUUCAUUAUAAAGUUCAUUCAUUAUUUUUUGCAAUGGGCGAUAAACUAAUUAUUUCGGAUGCAAAUGGAAAUGAAUUAAUGAAAAUUCGACAAGAUAGUUUACAUUUUCAUUUAACAUAUAAAUUAAUUUCUACUCAUUCGGGUGCUACUGCACGUCAAAUCGCAUCAAUAAAACGAACUGGUCCAUUGUGGCAACAUAAAUUAGAGAUUGAUUCAUCCAAUGGUAAAUAUAUACUACAGAAACAAGGUGGUGUGUCUUCUGAUGAUUUUACUUUAACAAAAGACGAUGUUACUAUAGCUGUUGUAGCAAGAGAUGCAUCACCUAUGAAAAAUUUAUAUUGGGUUGAUAUUAUAGAUAGUAAAGAACAAGAUCAUACUUUUAUAUUGGCUAUAGUAAUCGUUCUUUCAUGUGCUCAACGUUUGCCGGUGAAUCCUAUAUCAAAACCUCAAGUUAAUGCACCUAAAACUGACUAA